GGGUGCACGGCGCCGCGUGCAGGUAGUUCCGUGCUCCUUCUCCACGGUUUCUCCGUGCCGUCGUGCUGUUUAAGCUGUGAAACUGUCGAAGUUGUGCGAAGGAAAGUGUUUUCAAUCUCGCGUUUCUUGACGAUCCGGAACUGGAGUGUAAAGGUGUUUGCAAGGAAAAAACGUGCGACGAUAUUAUCUACUUCCGAUGGUGUUGCAAUAUCUCUUUACGGAAAAAGAGAGGAUGAGUGUUAAUUAGACAAUAACGGUGCACAGUGUACAACUAUAUGUUAAAAUCUCCUCAUUGGAAUAUCGAAAUACGCGGAUAUGAAACAGCGGUAGUUGCGAACGGAAGAAAGUUACUCCUCGUCUUCCUGAGAAGCUAACGCAGUUGAAGGAGAGGAGGCGCACGUGGUACGUCGAGGUGGAACAAAGCGGUCCACGCCAACAUUCGAUUCAUACAUUAACAUCCAAUGGAGCAACUUUGUCGUCAAUCUGAGAAAUUGCAAAUUUAUGCAAAACUAUUCUGCAUUUGGUCCAAAGAAACGGCAUAAAAAUACUUACAUAAUAUUCAUAAAUAUCUUGAAGAUCUCCAAGAAGAUUUUUUACCGUAUGAUUAUUUUAAAUUGCAACUAAUUUUCUCAGACAAUCGCUCUCUGACGAAUGAACGAGUUCUUAAAGAAUAUUCAUCAGAUUUUUCAUCAGAACCUGUCGAAGAUUUGCUAUGUUUGGAGUCAAGAUAAUAUUGGAACCGCAAGCUAAUCACAUAUAUAAUGUCAAUUUUGCAAAUCAAAAAGACGACUUCGUCGGCUAAACGAGUUUACGUUUUUAAUCGUGCUUACGAUUCAUCUGACAACGGGUUCUACCGGCAUAUCCGGUAUGCAAUUGCUGGAUACGAUUCUUCCUCCGUUCUUUAUGAAGAAGCAUCUGCCUCUCUGGCUCUCGCCUGCCUGCUUGCUCAUCGUCAACCUUCGUACCUCCUUUCUUCUCGCGUUCUCUCGUUUAUCUGAUGCAUCGCGAUUACAGCGUUAUUCAGUUACGUCACAAAAUAACGCUUGCAAUAUUUUGCGCAGAUUGUUCAACAAUCUCGAAAAUAGAAAAGCGACGAUUUUUUGUUAAAUACGAAAAGAAUAAUACUAUGAAAAACGGUCGUUGUCCCUGAUUUAUCUCUUUAAAAAAAAUACAGCUAUCGUAGUUUGAGGACCUACACGAGGGCGCAAACAGGAAAGAUAACAGUGUACAUUAUCGCCUAAAAAGAGAAGAUUGACAAAGGGAAAAUGCGGUGUAAAGUUACAGAGCAAAUAUACCAAAUGAUAUUAUCAGGCGAGCAAGUAAAGUGUCGCGUGUAGACAUUGCAAAUAACGUUAUCGUACCAAGAAUCCGUCACGAAGAGUUUUUUUUACCGAGUGGGACUUCGCAUUUGUCUUUAUCCGGCCUGGAAGAUAUAUCAUUUUGCAAUGUUUUCAUUUCGAUUGUGGAGCGUAUCGACGUUUGACAAAAUUGAUGAGAGCUGUACAAAUUUUAAUGUUUAAAGAUGACUACGAUGAUUCAGAGUAUGCAGUACAAGGGAUGAAAUUUAUGUCUCUGGCUUGAGCCAAAGAUGUAAAAAUGUUAAAGUGGAUAAAGGUUCGUCAGAAUGUGUCGGCAACGACAUCCAUGUCGACGACGGCCCCACCGUCACCUAUAUCUCGUCAGGAAAUCAAAAAUGAUGAGACGAGAAUUAAAAUUAAAGAUAAAAUCAAAGAAGAAGGAGAAGAUAGCGGUAUGGAGAAAGAAGACUCUGUUUGCAAUAUCGAGCUGAGCGAUCUGAAAAAAGACCUGUUCUCGCAGCUGCAGUUUUCGCAAGAGAGCGCUCUGCCGCCCGACACAUUGCGCCGCGCGUUGGCCGAGAGCUUUCUCGAUCAGCAGAGGUUUCAGCUCGGUUUUAUGGACGACGCAGCGGAAUGUUUCGAAAACAUUCUCUUACGUAUACACCUUCACAUUGCAAGCAGCGAGGCUGAAGAUAUGUGCAGCGCGAGGCAUUGUGUACCGCAUCAGAAAUUUGCCAUGACGCUCGUCGAGCAAAGCGUCUGUGGGGCUUGCGGUGCAACGUCGGAGCCACUGCCUUUUACACAGAUGGUUCAUUAUGUGUCUGCAUCAGCGUUGACGUCUCAAGCUCAUCAAACGCCAUUGAAUUCUAGAAAUAAUCCGGAUCUCUUCGGCCAACUUCUCCGAAGAGCUGGCGGAAUGGGUGACAUCCGUGACUGUCCGAGUUCUUGCGGUGCGAAAAUUCAAAUAUGUCGGACCCUGAUGAAUCGACCGGAAAUAGUUUCUGUCGGUGUCGUCUGGGACAGCGAACGACCGUCGUUGGAGCAUAUCAUGGACGUUUUUGCGACUGUGGGCACGUCCCUUCGACUUAGCGAUGUCUUCCAUAGCGUGGUAGACUCUCGAUGGGGCGCCUCUACUGUGCAUAAUCUCGUAGGAGUAGUUACCUAUUACGGGAAACAUUAUUCUACGUUUUUCUUCCAUACGAAAUUGAAGGUGUGGAUCUAUUUUGACGAUGCCACUGUCAAGGAAAUUGGACCUCGAUGGGAGCAAGUCGUGGAAAAGUGUAGAAGAGGUCGUUAUCAACCUUUACUACUCUUAUACGCGACGCCCGCCGGUACUCCUGUUAACACCGAGAAUGCUCCAAAGACUAUUAUCCCUUUUCCGAAUAACAAUGGCCUGAAGACAUCCCCAAAAAACAGCGUUCGCCGUUCGAUCACGCCUAGUCCUGAAAAGCCAUCCAUCAACAGCACUGCCAGACGUGCCAUCACACCCAAUCCCGACAGUCCACCGCAUCUCUACACUCAACGAAACGUUUACAGUGAUUACCAGAAUCUCACAGACAUUCAGAAUAAUAUAUUUAGCAAUCAGGGCGUAGACACGGUUGAUGGUGAAGUAGAAUCGAAGUAUAUUAGCCGUCGCGCUGUGGAAAAUGUAAUGCAGCAACAGAAAAAGCAGCAGAUGCAGUUGACACGUAGCUUAAGCGUGGGAUCGGCACCGCAAGAUGGUAUCAGUAUCCCUGACCAUAUGAACGUGCCUCGAAGACGAGAUUCCGGUAAUUGGUCCGGUGAUCGGAACAGCGCGUCGUCGAGUUCAUCUACUACAAUGGACAAUACGUAUCUGUACAUUGUUAAUAAAAUGCAGAGAAAUUCGGGUGUACCUAAAAGCCCUAUCAGCAAAUCUGGAGAACUUUCGAGCAGCAGCAGCGGUCAUUAUGAUGCUGGUUACGACUCGUAUUCUUUGUCUUCUACGGACAGUCUUCCACUUCAGCAGGGUUUAAAGCACAAUUUACAGCUUGCUCAAAUACCGGAAGGUUAUCAACCUUCUUCCGGCGACGAUUGUGAACGAUUAUGCAAAGAAACGGACGCGUUGCUGGAUAAAUCUCGUGCUGCUGAAGAUGCUGGUGAUCUUAACACAGCUGUCGCAUUGUGCAGCGCGGCCAGCAAUAAAGCCAGAGCUGCGAUGGACGCCCCGUAUAAUAAUCCUCACACAAUCACGAUUGCAAGAAUGAAACACAAUACUUGCGUCAUGAGAACGAGGAGUUUGCAUAGAAGAAUGUUGCAGGAACAAGUCACUGUUAACGGUGAGAAAGAAGAUGGGGUACCCGAAGGAAGACACUCGCGAGAGAACAGUAAAUCGAGUCAACACUCGAGGCAAAGUUCACGAGAUAAAGGUAAUCAUUCCCGACAAAAUAGUCGGGAACUUCUAGUGAACGCACCAACAACAGUGGAUAAACCUGCCACGAAGAGUAUCGAGAUUUACGCUACUUUACCGAAGAAAAAGACUCUACGUAGUAAAGCGACAGCGGUGAACGUCAUUGAGGAUGAAGAAUAUAUGCUGUAUGAUCGACCAACGCAAAGGACUGGCUUGUUUAGCCGUACGAAACGUUGUGAAGAUGACAAGAAAGAUAAGAAACGCGCGAGAAGCGAGGAGAGGAAUAAGAACGUAUCGAAGGAUUUUUCGAUAGCACCAUCUAGAUUGUCACCGUCUCUAAAAGGAAUGAAGAUUGAGAAGCCGAAGGAAACCGAGAUUAAUGCAACUGUCAUAAAAAAUACCCAGCUCAACAAUACGGCUACGAUCGAGCAGAAGCAGGGUAAGAAACAGCACAAGAUACGCAGAAAAUUACUUAUGGGCGGAUUGAUCAAAAGGAAGAACAGAAGUAUGCCGGAUUUACGAGAAGGACAGGAUAGCCAGGCAAACGUGAAUGCGGAAGGAUCAUCCGUCUUACCGAAACAGUCAGUGGACGAUUCCAGCGUUGGUCUAAAAGGUAAUGAUGUAAGCCAAUCACUGAGCGGUUACUUGUCAGAGGGACAUUUGGAAUUCGCCGGAAACAACGGAUCUGGAAAUACUAGCAAUCCAAAUCUCGAAAGAAGCCGUUUGAUGAGAAAGAGCUUCCAUGGCAAUGCCGGUAAAGUGUUACACGUGGCGAAAGUGCCUCCGCCCCCUCCGCUCAGAACCACUUCUCAGCUUAGCAAGUCUAAGUGUUCGGGCGAAGUGCACAAUGAGCAGCAAUCCGACAAAGCUGCAUAUCCUUUACCGGACAAUCGGUGCGUGUCCAACUCAUCGCAGGAUCAAAACAAUGUUUAUUGGAAUCACAUGAACGCAAAUAACUCACCUAAUGUGACGAACAGAAACUCAGAUUAUGUUGAUUACUCAUCGGAAUCGCAUUCGCUUCCAUUUUUACCAUCUUAUAAUGAUCAGAAUAUUUCUGGAACAUGUCAAACAAAUUACAAUAAUAAGCCUAGAAUUCAGGAUGACGUUGUACAAUACGCUAACGGCAUACUCUAUGAGCCGACCUUCGUUGUCACUCGUGCAGAUGUGCACAAUGAGCAGAGUCCCGUCAAGCAACAGCUUCAACCAGAUUCUUUACCACCUUAUCCUGAAAACGAUAAUAUUUCGCACUCACGGCAACCGAGCGAGGACUUUCCACCACCACCAUAUCCAUCGAUUCAUUCGGUGUCGCAUUCGAGACAAACCAGUGAAGAUUUUCCACCGCCGCCACCACCAAUUGACGAGCCAACUCAUCUCCAAGAGCCUCAGCAGCAUCAGGUUACUCUUCAAUCGCAACAACGUGCGCAGCAAUUCGAAGCACAGCAGAUUGGCAGCCUGUUAGCACAAUUACAGAACAAGAGGGAACAAAUUUUAACUGAUGAAUCAAAUAAAGAGAACCGAGCGCAGGAGCACGAGGACGAGGAGAAGUCAUCGAGCGAAACAUGGUUGAGAGAACUGCAAGCUAAACAGGCAGAGAGGAAAAUGAAAAGGCAAGCACCUUUAAAUCAAGACAUUCCAAAAGUUAGGCCUUCGUCAAUGCCGACAAUUCCAGGACCGACUAUCGCUAGGAGAACUAGUGAUUUAAUGAUGAAUAAUCUUGGACAGAAUUAUGAUCAAGGUCGUGACGUUACAGACUGCCCGAGAGUCGCUUCUUCGGUAAAAGAUAUGGCUGCUAGAUUUGAACAGAUCAAGCUGCAACCAGCCUCAAAGUCCGACACAGAUGUGAAACCUCAAACAAAACAGAAUGCAAAUUGCGUUCCCUCGUUAAUAUCGGAUAUGUCUCAGGAAACAUCAUCGAUAGAGGGCACGAAAUCGGCCAAGUUAUCUUCUGAGAAUAAUGUCUUUACGAAGAUGGAAUCUUCAAAUUCACAGACCGUUUUAAACUCUAGUUUUGACUCUAGUUCCAGCCAAAGCAGCUUUAUCGCGAUGUUGCCGCCAAACGAAUCUGUUCAACAGAGCGAAUUAAAUGUCGCGAUGUUAUCCAUGUCCUUGACACUCCCGCAUGAGAAUGGUUUGCCUGUUGAUUGCCCGGAAGACGACAUCAGCGAAGUGGCGAUGCAGAACACUAUUCAAAAUACAACGAUACUGCCAAGCGAAGAGGACAUUGCUCCGCGAAAGGUAAAACGGCGGAUUGGUAAAAAGAAAAGCGUAUCAUUUUGCGAUCAAGUGGUGCUUGUUGCAACAGCGGAGGAUGAUGAAAAGGAUUCGUAUAUACCCAAUCCUAUUUUGGAAAGAGUCCUGCGUUCUGCGAUGAACAAACCUGAGACUGCUCAAGUACUGCGAGAAAUCAGAAGUCUUCAGGAGGCAGAGACGAUUCGCGAAAAUACUGCUGCAAAAUUCCAACAACAGACCCUUCCCUUGAAGAGCGAAGCCGACAGCGUGCCGGCGACACCUUUUCAGGAUCAACUGAGGAGCGUUAAUCCAAUUUCAGAUACUCUUAAACCUACAUUCGGACGACAGAAUUCAAACGAUUCGAUUGGAUCGCUAACGGAUAAAAAAUCUUGCGGGUCUUGUGGAAACGAAGGUAAAGAUGUGGUCGAUCGUAAAGAAACCUAUGCUGGCAUUUCCAUAAACACUUCGAAACCGACGUCCUAUUCACCGCAGCUGCAACAGCAGAUUAGAUAUACUCAGAAUGGGUACACACAAUAUAUGCAAUCGGUGUAUCCGCAGACGCAAGCGUCCUAUCCAAGAAAUCAGAUUAUUCCCUUAUCGCAAACUCAGAAACCAGCUAGUCCUUAUCCAACGCAAAUAAAUGGACAAUACAUUCAAAAUGGCAUGCAACAAACGAAAAUGUUACCUCAGAAAAACGGCUAUGGAACAUAUUAUCAGCAGCAAUUGCAUAAUCAGUUGGAGCAGCAGCAUAAUCAAAUGAACAAACAAGUGACUGCUCAAUCACAGCAGAAUACUCUGAAUCAAAGAAUUCCGUCUCACAAUGCCAGCCCGAUAACUGUCCAGCAUUCGCAACAGCAAUUUUAUCCGCCUAAUCAAUCGCCGAGUCCAUAUCACAGUCAAUACUCUCAAAGUUCCUAUCAAGGUCCCUAUCAAACUGUUUUUCCGCAGACUAAAGCGGGUCAACCAUUACCGCAGUAUCAACCAUCAUCUAAUUCACUUGUGUCCUAUCAGCAGCAACAACAACAAAACGCGCAAAAUUAUCAGCAGAGACAUGACAACUACCAGCGACAAUUAUCGUCUCAGAAGAUAGAGCAACAAAGUUCUAUGGUACCUAAUCAGUAUCCCAAGACUCUGCAGAACGGUCAGAUACAGCCGAAUGUGAAGUAUCCGGCCUACCAGCAUCCUCCGCUUUCCAAACAGAUGCACUUUGCGAUGUCCACUGCGAAGGUCGUCCCGAUGGUGACGCAGCCUCCUUUGCAGACGCCAACAGGCAUUGCAACCACCGUGAGAGCACUCGUAACACCCUGCAAUCUCUGUCGGAAGAGAAAUGUACUUGAACCAACACUAUAUUGCACGGAUUGCGACUUUUACAUGUCGCGUUUCCGACCGACUAACAAAACGACUUAAGUUACUCUGUAUGAAGACAAAAAGCUUGUCGGUUUCAUCGAAUGUUAGUCUUCUCUGACGAGAUAAUAUUUUUUUUAUAAUAAAUAAUAUAAAUAAUAUAAAUUAAAUAAUAUUCUUUUUAUGAAUUAAUUAAUUAAUAUUCAACAAUUUUUAUUGAGGUUCACAAAAAGUCCGAAAGUUUGUAUAUUCGAUAUAGUCGUGUUGUCGCUACAAUUUAAAUGAUCUGCGAUGCGCAAGAUUACAACACUGACAAUUAAGCAAUAUUCAUUUCUUGUAUGUGCUUUAAUUAAAAUUUCUACGUAGGCCGCAUUUCGGAAAAUUAGAACUUAAUAUGAAAUUAAUUAAAUAUAUAAUUUUUUAAAGAACAUUCGAUGAACUACCGAAACAUAAAUAGUAUUUAUAUUUUGUAUAAAUAUUAGAUGACUUUUAAUUGAGACCCUCAUCGUGCAGCUACUGUAGUUACGCUUGUGUACAAUUUCCUUAAUAGAGUCUUAUUUUCUGUAAUUUAUAAUAUUUGUAGAAAAAUUGUACUUAAUUUUAUUAUUUUAGACAUAUCUAGAUGUACUUAAUUACUGAACUAGAUUAUUAUUGUUACAGGCGCAGACUCUAACAUAACAUUAAACCAUUUGUUAGACAUUUGUAUUUUAUAAAUUAGCUCAUCAACAUAUUUAAAUUGCGGCGUUACUCAUAUUUGCAGUACAUAUUUUUAUUUGUAUAUAAAUGAAUAUAAUCACGCUUCUCUCUUUACGAUCAGCAUAACCAAUAGUUCAUUUUGUAAGUUAAAGUUAAAUUAAGUGCGAACUACAUUUUCUGUUUCUAUGUAAUUGCAUAUUUUAUUUUAUUGCGAAGAUGAGAAGUUGGAAUUGUGAUACUAGCCAUGCUACAUAGAACUUAUCUCGUUAAGAUAGAAACUGCAGUAUUGCAAAUUAUGAAAGAAGAAUUAAAUAAGGAACAGGUGAAACUUGAUCUCUGAGAAUGCGUGAAGUUUAUUAUAUGUUAAUAAUCUUUAAAGUUAUGUAAUGUGUAUUAACAUGCAUCGCGUUACAUUGUAUUAUUUUACGUACUUUUAAGCGCUAAAUCAAUGUACAAAUGUUCAAUUUUAUACUUUUUGUAUGAGUAUUUUGUUUUAAAAAUACUUUAUUGUGACAUUAAUAAAGUCUCCUUAUGAUAUUA